AUAAAAAGUUCAGAGUCAACUGCUCAAAGAGUGAAAAGUUCGUUCUGAAAUAUGCAGAGAUCUGGCAAUAUUGGCUUGGAGUAACUGCUACUUUUAACGAAAAUUACAAGAAAUGUUAAUUAUUUAUAGUGAAAUUGGCAACUCUCACCACAAAUGUUGAUUGUGUCAUUCUAGCACAUUUAUGAUUUAGCAUUUUGCAUUAAGUAGCGCAUUUAUUUAAAAUUUGCGUAGAAAAGUUGUAGAAAGUUGUGAAAAUGGUGAAACUAUUGGAAAAAGGCGGUUGCAUGCAACUCCGCACAGCUGGAAUAUUUAUUGGCUGGCUAGGUGUGGUUGGCAGCGUAUUGUUUUUCAUUUGCUCGGUUGUUGUUAUUGCAAAUUCCGGUCAGAACCUUGAUGGAAUGCUAAAGAAAACUGGGUUCGAACAGGAAUCACAUGGGUCACUUAAACAAUUUAUUCUCCUAUUCGCCUAUAUCUACAUGUGUGCUUCAUUCUUAAGUUGUGUGGCAUCAGGAUUACUCAUUUUUGGUACAAUGAGGGACCGGCAUUUGAUGUUAUUGCCUUGGUUGACAUUCAGUGGCCUUGGCGUUGCUUCAAGUUUUAUAAAUUUGCUGAAUGCCGCUAGUGGCUUUCUUCAAAGCCCAAAGGGCGGUUUCGAUUUAUGUCUUGCAUCGUUUACUUGGGUUGUGCAGACCUACUUGUACUUGGUAAUUUAUUCACUGUACAAAAAUAUUCAAACGAAAAACGAAAACGGUCGCGAUUUAGUUCCAUCUACAGAAGCAGCAAUACCAUUGCAACAAAACGUUCCCGCUAGUGCCAACUAUUAUAAGGCCUAAGUUCGGGGAAGCCCCAUACAUCCUAAAUUUGCAUGCAAUAUAUGGAUGCUUACCAAUCGGGAUUCUCAUCACUAUAAACAAAAUUCGAAUACCUGAAUAUCAUUGUAUUGAUGUAUGUAAAUUACUCAGCGAAUAUUUGUAUUGUAUGACAAGCCAAAUUUAUCAACGGAUUAAACCUAAACCUCAACAAGUAUAAAUGCAGUGGAGUACUUCCAUGCACAGAAAUAUUACAUGUUACAUACAUAUAUCUUCAUACAUAUCCUGUUGGUACAAAGUUAUAAUACCCUACCUUAUCGGUAGCGGGUAUUCAAAUACUAUUAUACUAAAUGAACUAUAUGGGCAUUUAUUAAAAUCAAUUAUUUAAUUAUUAAUCCCAUUUUUUAUGUCUAUGCCAUAUAAUUAAAUUAUUGUAGACAAAUUUAUUACAAUUAUAACAAAUGUGCCAAAAUCACCGAUGAAAUACUAAGCGCUUAUAAGUUUUUUGCACACUGCCGUGUUUUUAAAAUAUUGGCUACAAUUUUAUUUGA